CCGGCUGCAGCCGCGGGAGGUCCGGACACUGGCGGCCAUGGGACUCGCUGGUACUAGAGGACACAUAUCUUAACUGGGUUGCCCUAAGGACUAAUGCCUAAACCAUCUCAGCAUGGCCUAUAGAGGAGGAGGUGGGGAUGGCCAGCAUCCCUCAGCUUCACUCUCCUAUGUCAGCCCUGGACGUCUUUCCACGUGUAGAACCUGUACCCAUAAUAUAUGCAUGGUGUCGGACUUUUUCUACCCAAAUAUGGGAGGCGUGGAAGGCCACAUUUACCAGCUCUCUCAGUGCCUGAUUGAAAGAGGGCACAAGGUCAUAAUUGUCACGCAUGCUUAUGGAAAUCGCAAAGGCAUCCGUUACCUCACUAAUGGCCUCAAAGUCUAUUACUUGCCUCUGAAAGUCAUGUACAACCAAUCUACGGCCACGACCCUCUUUCACAGUCUGCCAUUGCUCAGGUACAUAUUUGUUCGGGAGAGAGUCACGAUAAUCCAUUCACAUAGUUCCUUUUCUGCCAUGGCCCAUGAUGCCCUCUUCCACGCCAAGACAAUGGGCCUCCAGACAGUCUUCACGGACCACUCCCUUUUUGGAUUUGCUGAUGUCAGCUCGGUGCUUACAAACAAGCUUCUAACUGUGUCUCUUUGUGACACAAACCACAUAAUUUGUGUCUCUUACACUAGUAAGGAAAACACUGUGCUAAGAGCAGCACUGAAUCCUGAAAUAGUGUCCGUCAUCCCUAAUGCUGUAGAUCCUACUGACUUCACUCCAGACCCAUUUAGAAGGCAUGAUAGUGUAAUAACUAUUGUUGUUGUCAGCAGACUUGUUUACAGAAAAGGGACCGAUUUGCUUAGUGGUAUAAUACCUGAACUCUGUCAGAAAUAUCCCAAUUUAAAUUUCAUAAUUGGAGGAGAGGGACCAAAGAGAGUCAUUUUGGAAGAAGUACGGGAAAGAUACCAGCUCCAUGACAGAGUGCGUCUCUUGGGAGCCUUAGAACACAAAGAUGUUAGAAAUGUCUUAGUUCAAGGACAUAUUUUUCUUAAUACUUCCCUUACUGAAGCAUUCUGCAUGGCAAUUGUGGAAGCAGCCAGUUGUGGUUUACAGGUUGUAAGUACCAGGGUUGGUGGAAUUCCUGAAGUACUUCCAGAAAAUCUUAUCAUUUUAUGUGAGCCUUCUGUAAAAUCUUUGUGUGAGGGAUUGGAAAAAGCUGUUUCCCAACUGAAGUCAGGAGCAUUGCCGCCUCCAGAAAAUAUCCACAACAUCGUAAAGACUUUCUAUACCUGGAGGAAUGUUGCGGAGAGAACUGAAAAAGUGUAUGACCUAGUGGCAGGAGAAGCUGUGUUACUGAUGGACAAACGACUGGACAGACUCAUCUCUCACUGUGGCCCCUUGACAGGCUGCAUUUUUGCUUUGCUGGCUGUGUUCAACUUUCUCUUCCUCAUGUUCCUGAGAUGGGUGACUCCAGAUUCUAUCAUCGAUGUUGCAGUAGAUGCCACAGGGCCAAAGGGUGCCUGGACUCAUCAGUCUCCUUACAGGAAAAAGGUGGACGAGAACAAUGAGGUAUCUAAAACCAGGUAGAAGAAAGCCUGGAUUGUGAGAUUUUAAACACUUGUAAUAGUUCAAUUAAGACUGUUGAAGAUAACCUUGCUUUUUUUCUUUUUAAAGUUAAUUUAGUAAGUUAUGCUACCUCUUUAUCAUUCCGUGUUUUAUUUUGAGGAAAGAUAAACACUUAUGCAAUUCCUGAGUGUAGAAACUCCUUGCACUUACUUAAAAUUUAGGAGAGAGCAUUGAAGCCACUCAGGUAUGCAAUUUUUCAGACUACUGAAAUCCCUGUAGCAGAGAUGUUUUAACGUUAUAUUUUGGGAGCUUUGGGUGCUGAAGGGCCAAACGUUUUCUGGGCAUUUUUUGGCCAAUUUUAAAUGUUCUACCAUUAAUUAGACAUUCACCAGAUGUUUACAAGUUUUCUUUAGGGAAGUACAACAACUCUGUGAACUCUUUUAAGUUGUGUUCAUACUACAUUUAUUAGACACUUAAGUCAUGUUCUUAAACUUUUAUUGGGUAUGCUCAGUAAAUGUUCCAUAUAAUCAGCAGGUUUCUUGAGUAAAAUGGGCUGUCAGCAACCAGCAUGUUUUAAGCACCUACCAUGCAUAGAACGUUGAACUAGAUACUUCCUGCGGUAAGGACCGGGGGUGGGGGUGGGGGUGGGGGUGGGGGUGCCUUCGCUCUUUGUUGAUCACUCAGAUGACUCACUUCGUCAUAGUCAGGUUUGACAUGAAGUGGUAAGAUACCCACCCGAAAAUGCUCAUGCUUUUAAUGCCAGGAAAAAAUUGCCGGCGUACUCUGAGUUCUUCUUUGAUCCUGUUGGAUGCAUUCUCCUAGGUCGAGCCUUCAUCUUCGCUUGGGUGUAUGAAAAUAGUUUUUGCUUUUUAAAUACUAGGGACCGAUACCACUGUUGAUGAUAGUGCAGAGAAACCCUCCACAUCUCUCAGUGCAUAAUUUAGUCCUCUGUCAAUGCCUUCUUGUUUUCCGAGCACAAUGUCCGAGGUGUGCCAUCUCAAAAUCAGCUGCUACCCUGUCCCUUUGAUAGAAGUCACUUCCCUUCACUUGUGGCCUAGCUGAUGCCUGAUAAGUAUUGUCAGUGUGCAGAAGUCUUGACCCCAGAAUGUUUUGUUUAUAGCCAGUUGAGUCUGAAAAUUUUAGGAACACAGUCUCUUUGUGGAUGGAUGCUGUCAGCUGUAAUCGUUGUGGCCCAUAGCCAUGGGUUUUUAAACCCCCAGUUAUCCACAUGGUGUGUCUUAUUAAUUCCUUGAACUCCUUAGGAUAAGUUUUUGUGAUUAAGGACUGUGAAGUCACAAGAAUGAGGCACUGUGGGUGCGCUAGUUAGAUGCUGGCAGUAUUGCGAUUCUGUACAGGAUUUUUUUUUAAUGACAACAUUCACAGAACUUCUUUUAAAAAAGUAUCUUAACAUGCCUACUAAUUGGUUGCCACUGAUACAUAAGAAAUAUAUUUGUGUUUUGUACUAAAACACAAAUGCAAGAGUGCAAUUUUUAAAAUCUAGAAGUUAGGGGUUCUUUUGUUAAAGAAAAACAGACUGACCCAAACCAUUAAAUCUUACUGGGAUUUUUAUGCAUAGAAACUGACUUAUAUAAAUAUGAAAUAAACAGUGCCAAUAUUCAUGAUAAAGCAAGAAACUGUAACAUUUGGUUUAAUUUAUUCUGUUCAGCAAUUUUUAAAGGCAUACUGCUGUUUUUUCUUCUAUGUUAUUUUUGUUUCUUAGGUUUUUUUUUUUUUUUUUCAGAAUUGUCUAUUAAAUUGCCAUUUAUUUCAGAUGGAAAAAGGAUUUAAAGUUCUUGCAUGAAACAUGUAAUUUGCAUAUUUUCCUCUUUUUUUUCCCUUUAGCAAAUGGAAGUAAAUUUGCUUGUUCUAGUAAAUCUUAAUUUUCAGGCUUCCUGAAUACCUAAAUUGUAACUGUCAUUGUUGCACUGGUCAAUAUGUGGGAACAUAUUGUUCUGCCCUGCUACUUACAUUGGUUUGAAAGUGAACUUGCAGUGAUGAGGAAUUUAUGAAAAAUAUAUUGUAUUUCUUUUGAUGUUCCAAAAAGUAGCACAUGUAAAACUGAUUUCUGGAAACAUGCUACACGUCCAAAAAUAAAGACCAAAAUGACAUUUUGACA